AUAGGGGGAUCAGUUUAGUCCAGAACUUAGUACGUGUCGGAUGGUGUCCGUCAGCAGAUUCAUCCCGCACAACCGAGCUGACUCGGGUUAGACCGAUAACCUAAAAGAGAAAUUUGACGUUGAUUUUUUUGCUUUUAGUUUCUCAGUGAGAGAACAGAGUAUUUGACCAGUCGUCGUUGCAUUUUCCUGGAUUUAUAUUCAUUGAUGUUAAAGUGAUUUUUUUUAUCCAUUUGGAAAGGAUGGUGUUGUGUUAAAAGUUUACUGAUAACCUACGGACAAAAACGCUUAUCAAUCCACAGAAGAAUUAUGGGUUCCAUCAACGAACUCGUGAUGUACUGAAAUCAUUUUUUGGGAAUUCCUAGCAAAAAUACUCUUAUUAAUUCUCAGAAAGUUAACAAUAAACCAUUUAACAAGAAUAACACCAAAAUGCACGCCAGAAUUUUCAUAAUCUGGAGCACUCUGCUCUGUGCUGCUGUAGCAUCGAGCGUGACCUCAUCCUCGAAGGUGGUCCUCCAGAACCACGGCUACGAAGGAGUGGUGAUCGCCCUCGAGGAGAGCCUCCCGCCUUCCACCUGUCAGGACGUCGUGCUGGGCCUUGAGAACUCCAUAAGGGCAGCCUCCAGCGCCGUCUUCACCGCCACCAGAGGUCUCGCCAGUUUCCGCAACGUGAAGGUCCUCGUCCCGACCACGUGGGACGCCACCUCCUGCCAAUCCCUUGGGGACCUCCAGGGCGCCCUUAGAGAAACCUGGGAAGGCGCUGACCUCAGGGUAACGAAAGGCAGUCACCCAUCCCUUGGGUCCAAGCCUUGGACUUUGCAUUCUCAAGGCUGCGGGAAGACUGGGGAUUACAUCUCCCUUGGCCACGAAUUUCUGCUCUCUAACGAGACUGCUUCAAUCGGACGACUCCUGGCCUACGAAUGGCUGAAGUAUCGAUACGGCGUCUUCGAAGAAACCGGCCACGUGAAUGACCCUCGAAGUCCCAGCUACUACAGAUCCUCGGACGGUGAAUGGAAGCCGACCACCUGCGCCAACGUCCCUCUGGAGGGAGAUUCCUCUUGCGGGAGCAGAGACCUCUCCUGCCCUUCGGAAUUCGAGCCGAAAGAAAAGCAGGGGCUGACGAAGUCUUUCAUGGCGUUUCCCGAGUUGCCGACGGUGACGGAACUCUGCGACGAGGGAAGCCACGUCCAAGAGGCACCGACUCUUCACAACCUCCUUUGUGACGGAAAGUCUGUCUGGGAAGUCAUCAGAGCCUCGGCCGAUUUCCAGAGCAACAGAAAUAGCGAAGCCGAACUGAAAGAGGGCGAAGUCUUCUUCCAGUACAUUCAACCUCAGAAACCAAGAAUCAUACUGCUCAUUGAAGAUACCAACGUCAUGAAUGUGCAGAAACGUUGGGAUUUCAUGCGAAAAGCUCUGAAGAAAUUUGUGACGUACGAUGUACCCGAUGGCCACAGUAUCGGUCUAGUAGUCUUCGAUUCAAUUGCUGCCACCAAGUAUCCCUUAACGAUGCUCACUGACGGCGCCGUUCGCGAGAAGGUUGGCUCAUCCUUGCCCAGAAAGCCUUCUCGGGAAGGCCAGCACAAGCGAUGCAUCAUCUGCGGCCUCCGAGAGUCUCUCAACUUACUUCGCGAAGACGGCCUAGGAGGGCACAUCGUCUUGGUCACAGCUGGGAACGGUAUUUUGAGCGAGAUGGAAUACCAGGAGGCGGUGGAGGUACUCGACAAUGCUCACGUUUCCUUACACUCCAUCAUUUACCCACAGACUGAGAAAUAUCCCAAGCCAGCUGAAGGUCUGGAAAAAUUGGCAGCUCACACUGGCGGUGACACAUUCAUAGUCCCGGAUGAGGGCAUUGGGGCCGAUUCAAAGCUGCGAAUGUACUACAACCUCCUCGAUGCUUUUUAUCACACCUUGAGUAUCGCACUUGGUCAUUCUGUCCUCCCUAUCAAAGUCCAUUCAGCUGAGCAUCCCGGUGGCAGAGUGCCAUUCUCAGAGGGUAGUUUCUUGAUGGAUCCGUCUCUGGGCUCCGAUACUGUCUUUGCCAUUUUUUACUAUGACAUGACCCACGUUGGUAAUUUGGUCCACUUAGUUAGUCCUCAUGGGCAAGUCAUUGAUACAGCAAAUACAAAAGAAGAUGCAAACAUCAACAUGAUUACCAUACGGUUGAUGGAAGCCCAGGUCACCUCAGGCCUCUGGCAUUACAAAGUGGAAAAUCACGCCGAUUCACACCAAGCACUUUACGUCCAAGUGACUUCCAGACCUCGGUCUCACGCCCAGGCAUCGAGUGUAGAUCUGCGUGCCUGGACUAACCAUCCAUCAGGAGUAGUCAAUGCAUCGGACACCACAAUGCCAUUUGCUUUGUACACAGAACUGAUGGCUGGUUCAACGAGUAUCGGAAACGCUCAAGUAAUCGCCACAUUUUCAAGACUUGGCAAUUACAACAAUGGAAGUCAGUAUCCUCCAGUGGAAGUUGAGUUGCUGGAUAAUGGAUUGACAGGUCCUGAUAUGAUUCAAGGUGAUGGCGUGUAUUCUCGAUUUGUCCCCAGCCUAAGAUCAGCAAAGUAUAGCAUAACUGUUCAGGUGAAAGGUACACUAGAUGGUUUUACAUUUUCCCGUCAUGCAAGGAUCGGCACCGUCAGUAUCGUUGGAACGCCUCCUGUACAAGACAUCCUUCCACCAUCUCGCAUCAUGGAUUUCCGUGCUACUUUAGAAUCCAGUUCCACCUCCAAAGUUCACUUCACUUGGACCGCUCCCGGAGGUGAUGCAGAUUUUGGCAGUGCCGAUCAUUAUGUUGUGAUGAUUUCUCGCAGUCAGCAGGAUCUAAAAGAGGGUCUUGGUACAACUCUUGAAGGUUGGCCAGUGCCACUUGAGUCUCAGACUCAACAGGAGCAUACGAUCAACUGGAAUGUUUAUGAUACCAUGAAUUAUCUGGCUUUAUAUGCUGUAGAUCAGGCUGGAAAUGAAUCUCCACUUAGUAAUAUUGUUACAGUUUAUGUGCCAUCACCUCCAACCACAACUAGUUAUCCCUCAUCUUCUGUAGUCCCCAUUUCCACACCAAAUAAUUCUGCUUCCAAGGAGGACACUGCAGCCCCUGUUCUAGCUGCCCUUGACACACGCCAGCUGGCUGUUUUGCUCGGUUGCCUCGGAGGGAUUAUAGUAGUGGUAAGUCUUAUCCUCUGUUACUGCAAAGCUGUCCAUCAUCGUCAUCGUAAGGCAGCUGCUGCCAAGAAAUCAUGUGAGCCUCAAGAUUCGUACAGCGUUACAGUCACAAUUUCACCCAAGAGUACUGAUUUCUCUGACAACAAGGACUCUCAACAGAGCCUAAAGAAAGAUUACAUAAGUCCAGUUGAGUCCUGGUCUGCCUCUCAGCUACUCAGCAACCACUCUGACAAUAAGCGAAACAGUGUCUCAACUAACUCUGACAAUUCUAACCAGAGUGCACCAGCUAAGAAGAUGUACGGUGAUUACCCACCAGGAAAUGAAUGCAACGAGAACAGCCAGUACCAAUAUCAGUAUGUUGCCUAUCCUGACCAUUAUCAGGCCUCCAGUGAAGGAUUCCCAACACCAACAGAAGGCUACCCAACUCCAUCAGAUGAAUACCCACCUCCUCCAGAGGACUACCCUAGUGACAACUACCCACCACCUUCCGAGGUUCAUUCUUACGUGAGCUCACAGCCAUCCGAUUCAUUCUUGUCUGUCUCCUGUGACGUGCUUCCAUCAUCCCACGGACCGCCCGCAUAUGCUCCGUAUCCUGCUUAUGACGCUUCCCUCAGGUCCACCAAAGUCCCACCCCCAAUCCCACCUAAGCCUAAGGUCUUGUAUACACCAGAGCCUUACAGCACACCCGAACCUUACUUGUACGAUGCUCAGUCGCUCGAUCCUCACUCCUCUUCGCUCUCUGUUGCUUCUGACAAAAGGGUGCGCAAUGUCACCAUGGUCUGAAGUGGAACCUAGCUCAUUAUGAUGAGUCCACAGGCAUUGUGCUGCAAGUAACAUGCUCAUAAUACAAAGAAGGAGAGAAAGACAGGUCACUCCUGAGGUAGUGAAAUCAGAGAGUUUGUGUCAGAUGCUGAGCAGAAAUCGUGAAAUUGAUGGGUUUCGUACAGAGACAUAAAUAGUUUUCAUGUGACUGCCGCGUCGCUAAAACUGAUCAUGGGGCCUUUGAUGAGGCAUAGACGUGCUAAGGGAUGAUGAUGGAUGUUGAUGAGAUUGUUAAGUAUAGUGCUAGUGCUUCCUGUUGUGCCAAAAUGGUUCUUUUCCUGUCUUCAGCAUUUGCAGAAUGCUAUGUAAAGAGGCAGUAAAGACUGCAUGGAGGUUUUGUCGUAUGCCCUGAGAGACUUGUUUGUCUCUUAAGGUAUAAACAAAAGAAACAAGAUUUCAGUUUCUGCAUGAAAUGACACCAUAUUUCUGGAAAAGCUAAGCUAUUGCAUUUUUCAUCCGAUAAUGUCAGAUUUUAAGGAAAUCUCAUUCCAUAAGAGAUCUCAUUAGACUAAACCAUGAGUCAGCUGAUAAAACCAUGUAUAUAAGCAUUAUAUAGGUUGUCUGCAUUUGCAGUUAAACGAAAUUCAUUAGGGUUUUGUGAUAAUUUAGUAAAAGGCAGAGAGAUUGUGAAAGAAGAAUGAAUGAAGCUAUAAGAGUGAGAGAAUACCUUGUAUGUGUAAUAACCGCAUCUUAGUUUUAAAAUGUUUGUACUGUAAAGUAAUGAGAGUAUUUGGAAUAAUGCUACACAUAAUUAAUGAUGUAUCACUGAACCAGGUCUAGCUGCAAGGUACGGAUUGACUUAAAAAUUUUAUGUGCAUAAUAUUUGUUCUGCUGAAUUUUAGGUCCAGGUACCGUAAAUAUUUGCAGAAAUAUUUUAUUUGUUUUAUGGUAUAAUACCUUUAUACUUUCAUUAAUAUGAGAUGUGAUUAUUUCUUAUCAAACAAUGAGGACAUUGACAAUUCUUGCAAAGGAAGUGAAUAGUUUAAGGCGUUUUGUUUAAGACGGCAUUGUCAUAGUGGUAAUUGCAGUAAUAUCAUAAAUGCUUGCUGUGUACAGUGAUUGUAUUUCAUAAUGUUACAUUUAUUGUUUAUUAAAUAUUUAUUUCUAGUCACCAUAUCAAUUUAUUGGCAUUAUAGGCUAAGAGUUUUUUUUACCAUGAAGAUUUUUUUGCUCCAAGUGAUAUUUAGGCUUGUGCAAUUUAAUUACCUGUAUGUAUAUAUUGUAAAGGAGGAUAACUUUUAAGUGGACAUGUAAAUACUUUUUAUAAAUAAAGUGACGCUUUCUUUAA